UUUGUAAAGGAAAAGUGACCUCCCCGAAGCCAGCCAGUGAGGGAUAAUUUAUAGUUUUUCCUUGGUGUGUGCGGUGUGUGACACCCAUUUUUUCCCUGGAAAUAAGGGAAAAAUUUGGGGAUUAAAGUCGUGGAAUUGUGAAGAUUUGUGGGGGCUAGUUUUUGAAAAUUGGAAAAAGGUGAUCAGAGUGCAGUGACCAGAACCUGGAAGCUUUCCAAGUCGCGGACUUGGGUUGAGCUUUUCUUUUUCGGGAAAAGUGCUUCCUGAAUAAUUAAUUUUACAGUCAGUACCCCUAAAACCGUCGACCAGCCGGGCCUAGGGCCCUCCCGCAGCCGCACGCCAUGUCGUCCGUAAAGGUGGCGGUCCGGGUGCGACCCUUCAACUCGCGCGAGAUCGCACGCGAGUCCAGCUGCAUCAUCGAAAUGUCCGGCAACACGACCUGCAUCACAAACCCGAAGGUGCCACCCGGUACGAGCGAUUCGGUGAAGCGGUUCAACUAUGAUUACUCGUACUGGUCACACAAUCCCCGCGAUCCCGAGUUUUCCACCCAGGAGAUGGUGUACUCGGACAUCGGCGAGGAGAUGCUGCAGCACUCGUUUGACGGGUACAACGUGUGUAUAUUUGCGUACGGCCAGACCGGCGCCGGCAAGUCCUACACCAUGAUGGGCAAACAGGAGGAAGGCCAAGAGGGCGUCAUACCGAUGAUCUGUGAGGAUCUGUUCCGCCGGAUACAGGAAACCGAGUGCGCCGACCUGAAGUACUCGGUCGAAGUUUCGUACAUGGAAAUCUACUGCGAACGGGUGCGAGAUCUGCUGAACCCGAAGAACAAGGGCAACUUGAAGGUGCGCGAACAUCCGACGAUCGGUCCGUACGUGGAGGAUUUGUCCAAAUUAGCCGUAACGUCGUACCAGGACAUUCACGACCUCAUCGACGAGGGCAACAAAGCGAGAACUGUUGCGGCCACAAAUAUGAACGAAACGAGCUCCCGUUCGCACGCUGUGUUUACAAUAUUCUUCACCCAGAGGCGCGUCGACAAGAUGACGGGGCUCGAGACGGAGAAGGUCUCCAAAAUCAGCCUGGUCGAUCUGGCCGGCUCCGAGCGGGCCGACUCGACUGGGGCCAAGGGCACACGCCUCAAGGAGGGCGCCAACAUUAACAAAAGUUUGACCACCCUUGGCAAGGUCAUUUCCGCGCUCGCUGAAGUGGCCUCCAAGAGCAAAAAAUCCAAAAAGGCCGACUUCAUCCCGUACCGCGACUCGGUGCUGACCUGGCUGCUGCGCGAGAACCUCGGCGGCAACUCCAAGACGGCGAUGAUCGCCGCGAUAUCGCCGGCCGAUAUCAACUACGACGAAACGCUGAGCACGCUGAGAUACGCGGACCGUGCCAAACAGAUCGUCUGCAAGGCCGUCGUCAACGAGGACGCCAACGCGAAGCUCAUCCGCGAGCUCAAGGAGGAAAUCCAGAAGCUUCGCGAACUGCUCAAAGCCGAGGGCAUCGAGGUGCAGGAAGGACCGGACGGUAAAGUGGUUUGUGAAAAGCGAGAUGCUAAUAAGGACGAAUGCGUCAAGGCUGAAAAGGGCGACGGAGUCGGAGGUGGUGGUGGCUGUAAUGGAAAUGCUGGCACCGAAACCGUCAAUGGUGGCGGAGAUGCCACCGUCAACGAGGACGAACCGGGCGAGCUGGAGAAAAAGAUCUGCUCGCCGAAUAGGCUGCGCAAGCGAACCGGGUCCAGCACGGAGAUGGCGGUUGAUCAGCUGCAGGCCAGCGAGAAGCUGAUCGCCGAGCUGAACGAAACCUGGGAGGAGAAGCUAAAGCGCACCGAGCAGAUUCGCGUUCAGCGCGAGGCCGUGUUCGCCGAGAUGGGCGUGGCCGUCAAGGAGGACGGCAUAACGGUGGGCGUGUUUUCGCCGAAAAAGUCACCGCACUUGGUGAACUUGAACGAGGACCCGACGCUGUCCGAGUGUUUGCUGUACUACAUAAAGGAUGGUCUCACCCGUCUCGGCACAUCCGAAGCGAACGUCCCCCAGGACAUUCAGCUGUCCGGCUCGCACAUCCUAAAGGAGCAUUGCGUGUUCGAAAACAAGGACGGCGUCGUUACGCUCGUUCCGCACAAGGACGCCGUCGUGUAUCUUAACGGUCGCAAGCUCGUCGAACCGGAAGUCCUGCAGACCGGUUCGCGUGUCAUCCUGGGUCGUAAUCACGUGUUUCGCUUCACCCAUCCGGAACAGGCACGCGAGAAGCGUGAAAAACCAAAGGACAAGGACGUGGCCGAGACACCGGGCACAAAUGGGGGCGAGGUGGCCGAUUGGAACUUUGCCCAGUGCGAGCUGCUCGAGAAGCAGGGCAUUGACCUGAAGGUCGAGAUGGAGAAGCGGCUGUGCGCACUGGAGGAGCAGUUCAAGCGCGAAAAGCUCGCAGCGGAUCAGGAGUUUGAGGAGCAGCGCAAGACGUACGAAGCUCGCAUCGAUGCACUGCAGAAGCAAGUUGAGGAACAGUCGAUGACCAUGUCGAUGUACAGCAGCUACAGCCCGGAAGACUUCCACCAGGAGGAGGAUAUUUUCGUGAAUCCACUGUUUGAGUCCUGCUGGACGGCACGCGAGGCUGGCCUGGCUGCAUGGGCAUUCCGCAAGUGGCGCUACCAUCAGUUUACGUCACUACGUGACGACCUGUGGGGCAAUGCAAUUUUCCUGAAGGAAGCGAAUGCCAUUUCCGUUGAGCUGAAGAAGAAGGUUCAGUUCCAGUUCACGCUGUUAACCGACACGCUGUACUCGCCGCUUCCACCGGAACUAACGCCGUCGUCACCGUCGAUCAUGGGCGCCCUCACCAACGGCGGCCAGGAAGACGAUUUCGGGCAGGGUCCGGUCCAGCGUACAACCGUGGCCGUCGAAGUCACCGACACCAAAAAUGGUGCCACCCACUUCUGGAGUCUGGACAAACUACGCUACCGUCUCGAGCUGAUGCGUCAGAUUUAUAACUUUGCCGAGUCGUCUCCGCCGGAAACGACGGACCAGCACCAGUUUGUGCCAAGCAACGCCUCAGAGGUCGGCAACUGCCCUGGUGGUGGUGGUGGUGCCAGCGAUUGUUUGGCCGCUUUCCAGCCCGCCGGAAACUGUCCCGAGCGGAACAGCAUCGGACGGCUAACGUUGACCAAUCUUGUGCCAGCUAGACAACGUUUGGAGCUAAUGCGCGAAAUGUAUCACAACGAGGCCGAGCUGAGCCCGACCUCGCCCGACUACAACGUGGAAAGCCUGACCGGCGGUGAUCCGUUCUACGAUCGGUUCCCGUGGUUCCGCAUGGUUGGAAGAUCCUUCGUGUACUUGAGCAACCUGCUGUACCCGGUCCCGUUGGUGCACAAGGUGGCCAUCGUAAACGAGCGUGGCGAUGUGCGUGGGUAUCUGCGCGUUGCCGUGCAGCCCGUGAUGGACGAGGAGAACGCCGACUUCAACAACGGCGUCAAGCAGUCCGCGCGGAUUCUGUUCGACGAGGAAACCAACGGCACGCACAAGGUACCGAAGAUUCGCACGAUCCACGACAAGGACGAGAAGUACAUCGAGGGGGCGAACGAUAUCAUGAAGCUGGAGGAGCUGGAGCAGGAGGACGCCGACUCGGGUCGGGGCGAUUCCAGUGUGGCUUCGGAGUUGCACGACUCGAACGAGCAGGAACCGGGCGAGCACCUGCAGCCGGGCAAGGAGUUUACGUUCCGCGUUACGGUGCUGCAGGCCACCGGUAUUGCGGCCGAGUACGCCGACAUCUUCUGUCAGUUUAACUUUUUGCAUCGCCACGAGGAAGCAUUCUCAACAGAACCAGUCAAGAAUUCCGGAUCAGGAGCUCCGCUUGGAUUUUAUCAUGUACAGAAUAUCACGGUUCCGGUCACCAAGUCCUUCACCGAGUAUCUGAAGACGCAGCCGAUCGUAUUCAAGGUGUUCGGCCACUACCAGCACCACCCGCUGCACAAGGACGCCAAGCAGGACGCGUGCCAGAUCACGCGACCGCCGCCGCGCCGGAUGCUGCCGCCGAGCAUUCCGAUUAGCCAGCCGGUGCGCAGCCCCAAGUUUGGACCGCUCCCGACGGCACCCUCGUCAACAGUAUUAGCCAAGCACGACGUGCUGGUGUGGUUCGAGAUCUGCGAGCUGGCCCCGAACGGCGAGUACGUCCCGGCGGUGGUGGACCACAGCGACGAUCUGCCCUGCCGAGGAAUGUUCCUCCUCCAUCAGGGCAUCCAGCGCCGAAUAAGGAUAACGAUCGUGCACGAGCCAACGCCCGAAGUAAAGUGGAAGGACAUCCGCGAGCUGGUCGUUGGACGCAUCCGAAGCCAGCCCGAACCGGCCGACGAGCUGGACGACUCCGACUCGUGCGUCCUCUCGCUGGGUCUGUUCCCGGGCGAGCCGAUCGAGGUGCCCGGCGACGAUCGGUCGUUCUUCCGGUUCGAGGCCGCCUGGGACUCCAGCCUUCACAACUCGGUACUGCUCAAUCGCGUCACACAAACCGGCGAACAGAUCUACAUCACGCUCAGUGCAUAUCUUGAGCUCGAAAACUGCGCCCGGCCCGCCAUCAUCACCAAGGACCUGAGCAUGAUCAUCUACGGACGGGAUGCCCGCACCGGGCCGCGCUCGCUCAAGCAUCUGUUCUCGGGCCAGUACCGGAACCCGGAGGCGAACCGGCUGUCGGGCGUGUACGAGCUGUCGCUGCGGAGAGCUUCCGAAGCAGGUAGUCCAGGAGUACAAAGACGCCAGCGGCGCGUGCUGGACACCAGCUCGACGUACGUGCGCGGCGAGGAGAACCUGCACGGCUGGCGCCCCCGCGGCGACUCGCUCAUCUUCGACCACCAGUGGGAGCUGGAGAAGCUGACCCGGCUGGAGGAGGUCGGUCGCGUACGGCACCUGUUGAUGCUGCGCGAACGUCUCGGCAUGGACACGACGCCCAAUCCGACCACCAAAACGGAAAAGGACGUGCAGAAUCUGGCCCAGCGAGCGAGCGCCUCCCCCGUGCACAUGGUCAUUCCACCCUCCCCGCAAACACCGGUCAAGGAUCACCAGCAGUCGCCGACGAUGCCCGAGCGAGAGUUGACCCCGCGCGAAACGGAACUGGUCUGGAAGUGCGUCAAGCUCAUCCAGGGACGCAUCGGCCACAAACCGUCGGCAACGGAUUCGAACGGUUCGAACAGCCAGCUGGCGGUGUCGGCCGUAGACGCCUCGCCCGGGGACGAGGGGUGCGCGGACAUGAACGCCAGCUACAUCUCCGGCAACUCGAUCGAACUGUGCUCGCCCGACCGCGUGGACUGCCCCAACGGGUGGGAAGCUCCGGCGCCCGCUCCGCAAACCCAGGAACUGUCGCUGCGGUUGUACGUGCCCGAGUUGGAGGAGAUCCGCGUCAGUCCGGUGGUGGCCCGGAAGGGCUACCUGAACGUGCUCGAGCAUGGUGGGUCGGGCUGGAAGAAGCGCUGGGUCACCGUGCGGCGCCCGUACGUGUUUAUCUUCCGCUCCGAUAAGGACCCCGUUGAGCGGGCGGUGCUGAACUUGGGCACGGCGCAGGUCGAGUGCAGCGAGGACCAGGCGGCGAUGGUGAAGGUGCCGAACACGUUUAGUGUGGUCACAAAGCACCGAGGAUAUCUGCUGCAGACGCUCGGCGAUAAGGAAGUGCACGAUUGGCUGUACGCCAUCAAUCCGUUACUGGCUGGCCAGAUUAGAUCCCGCCUGGCGCGACGAAACAUCACCGCUGGCGGUACCGGCAGCAGCAGUACCAACGCUGCCGACCAGGUCGCCCCGUCUGCGCUGCUUCUGGCCCAGGCUCAGGCGGCCGCGUCGAACGGUGGCGGCACCGGUGGGUCCGCCAAAUGAGAUACGAUCACGAUGGAGUCCGUGCUGGUGUACUAAAGGGCAGGAAAGAUGCGGCGAGGAGCAGCUUGAAGGUGCUUCUUAAGAAUUAAGUUUGAACGAUUUUGGGUUUUUACGUUUUCUCAACUGUGGCUAUACCGGGAGGGAAGAGCUGCUUCGGAGAAGCAACGGAACAGUACACACGACUCCAUCGAAGAGUGGGAGAAAAUUGUGGGGGAGGUUGGGGAAUACUAGUGAAAGUCAGACUUUACUAUAUGUGUUACAUAUGUAGAGGAGAGGAGGGAGCGCGAGCGCGCGCAGGAAGGCUUAGCAUUAUGUUUGAAACAAUGUUUCAACACGCAAACAUUGACUGCAACACACACUAAAGUAUUUUUUGAACUUUAGAGGAAAAAAAAAACAUAUAAAUAUAUAUUUUUAUAUACACGUUUUAUUUAAACCAGUUGUGUAGAUAAUUCUUGAUUUUCUGUUUCGCGGGAAACAAAGCAAAAACUGGGAACAUCAAACAAAAACUGUUGGACCUUGGCGCAAUUCAGGGAGAACCUUUUUCCGAGCGAGAUUAUUCCACGACAAUUGAAUUGAGAUUUUUCGAAACGGGUACAAUUUCCAAACUGUGAACGACUUUUCUCCCAAGUUUAGAACAAAAUAAAACGGUGCUCAAGACCCUCCGAAGUGAAAUCGAGAAAGAAAAGGCGAUGCGAUUUUUUGUUUGUGUUCUCACUUUUGUGAGUUUCGCGUGUUUCGUUUCGGUUUGAACCCUUUCUUUACGGACUAGCUAAGAUUAAUUGCGAAAAAGAAGGGGCAGAGUAUGCAAAAAAAAGAAAA